AUGGAGAAACUGUUUGUUGGGAAACAAUGCCUGAGUAAAGAACAUUGUAGGGACUAUUUGAAGGAUCUAGCACUUGACCUGAAACAUUCCGUUGUUCAAAUGAGAAACAAAAAAAAAAAGCAGCAAGAAUAUAAAUGCAAAGAUGAGACUUGUCCAUGGAGGGUUUACUGCUCUGUACUUUCUGAUAAGCAAACAUUUGAAUGCAAAAAAAGUCAUUUUAUCCACACUUGUGAGGCAAUUCAUGGUCUCAAGCAUCCAUUGGCCAAUGCAAGAUGGGUAUCCAAGGUGAUGCUUGAAUCUUUCAAAGCACAUCCAAACUACGAGCCUAGGUACUUCAUGACUGAGGUAAAGAAGAAUCACAAGGUUGAUAUUUCAUAUCAUACUGCUUGGCAUGCUUAUCAUCUGUUUAAUGAGAAAAUUUUGGGUAGUUAUGAGGAAGGAUGUUUUGUGAAGUCUGCAAGACCUACUCUAGGACUAUAUGGAUGCCACUUUUCUGGAAAAUAUGGUGGUACUUUGUUGGCCAUCACAUGUCUUGAUGGCAACAAUGGUAUUUUUCUCAUUGUUAUAUACAUCUGUGAGUCAGAGUGUAAGGAAGAAUGGAUACAUUUUCUAAGUCUAGUGGUUGAGGAAUUGAAGGCACACCCCAUGGCUUUGAAUUUUAUAAUUGACAGGCACAAGGGUUUGAUUGAAGGUGUUGCUGUAAAUUUCAGUGAUAUAAAUCACUAUCAUAGGUACCGCUUUAGACAUAUUUACAAGAACUUUAAGAAGCUUCAUCCUGGCAAGAACCUUGAGUUUAUGACAUGGAGAGCAGCAAGGUCAUUUAGUGAGGUAGAUCAUAAAAUUUGGAUGGACAGACUCAAAGAGGCAAAGGCAUCUGCACCAGAGUGGUUUGUCAGAGAACCAUUUGAGACAUGGGCAAGAGCUUACUUUGAUAGGUCAUCAAAGUGUGAGCAUGUGACAUCGAAUUUUUGUGAAGCUUUUGAUUCAUGGAUUGUUGGUUUGAGGAGGUUGCCUGUAUGUAAGUUAGUUCAGAAGUUUCAUUUGCUUAUGAUGAGAAUCUUUUAUGAUAGAGAGCAAAUGGGUAAGAAAAUGCAUGAUGAUGGAGUGGUCCCUAGAGUGACAGAAAUUGUUAACAAGCACUUGUAUUUUAGCCAUGAGUUCACUACACAACCUUCAUCUGUGAAUAUUUGGCAAGUUUUUGACACAAAGAAGGACAUAUCAUGGGUGGUGAACCUGGAACAGCAUACCUGCACCUGCAAUUCAUGGAAAGUAUGUGGAUUACCAUGUGUGCAUGCUAACUGUGCAAGUUUACGUGCAAGACCAAAGAGUUAUAAGAAGUAUGUGCACUCUUACAUGCAGAAUUCAAGGGAGGUAAAGCCUCCUAAAUGUGGUAGACCACCAGGUAGACCUAGAUGCCUAAGAAGAAGGGACAGGGAUGAAGGUGGCAAUAGCAGAAAAUACAUGUGUGGAGAUAUUAUGUGUAUGGUCAUAACAGGAGCACUUGUAAAGGAGCUUCAACUGAAGAUCAACAUCAAGUUGUUUGGCUUAUUUGUUCAUGUUAUUUAUGUUUCAUCUCCAGAAACUUACACAUGGCCUCAUGUGAGGCCUGAUCCAGGUACUAGGCCGCCACCACCUUCAACAUAUGCAGAUGAAACUAUUGCAGCACCAGCUCCAAGGAACAAACCAAUGACUACAUGUGGUGGUAGAAAGAUGAGAGGUGGAGAUACUCAACCAAAUGCAUCAACUUUAACUAAUGCACCAUCUUCAACUGUUGCUGCACAAUUUUCAACUGCAACUGCUGCAUCAGUUCCACCUACAUCUGAACCAACAGUACCAACUACUAUAGGAAGAGGAAAUAGAGGAGGCAGGGAUGGACGAGGAACUAGAGGAGGAAGAGGUGGAAGAGGAACUAGAGGAGGCAUAGGUGGUGAUACUGCACCAUUUCACUGA